GCUCUGAGCUUGGAAACUCUUGUACAGGCACGCAAGCAGCAUACAGCACUUCCAGGCACUGUAUACCUUCAGCUACAGUACAGCACCACUGUAUACACCUUCUGCUACAGCACCACUGUAUACACCUUCUGCUAGAGCACCACUGUAUACACCUUCUGCUACAGCACCACUGUAUACACCUUCUGCUACAGCACCACUGUAUACACCUUCUGCUACAGCACCACUGUAUACACCUUCUGCUAGAGCACCACUGUAUACACCUGCUCACACACUGUCUCACCACAAGCCUAACUGACACUUCCUAUCAAAUCACACAAAGUAUAUCCACAUCUAACCAUUUGCACAGUCAUAUAAUGCCACCCUCAGACUCACAGUCAUACGAACACCAUCUUACACUGCUCUAGUAACACGGAUACAGUUAGUGAUAUUGUCACCAUCCAUUUACCACAUACAGCCACACAGCUGGGCUCGCUAUAGAGGAGUAACAGCAUGGUCUGAUAGCAGCAACGUGGGACACUGACCCGGGCAUUCACAGGAUGGUGCUCUGUGACCAACAACACGCCAGGAAUAGCAGAACCAAACGUCUUCCUGAAGCAUUAAAGACUAAGAUAUUAUGCCUGCUUCUGUGCAUUAUCACCUUUCCACAAAAUGGUCACGCAGUUUCUAAGGAUUACAAAGUUGUUUUCAAGGAACCAUGCUCUGCUACCAUGGAACUAAAGACAGCAGUGCCCAACCUCGCAGCGUUCACUGUGUGCACCUACAUAAAACUGACGUCUUCAGAUCCCUGGGCGGCAUUUAUUUACAAGAACCCAAAAUCUACUCCUGAGUGUGAAUUGGGACUGUUGGGUGACAGCAAUCAGUUGGUCAUAUUGAUAUUUGAUAACCAAAUAAAUAUCACUCAAAAACUUAAUCUGCACAGCUGGUAUGCUGCUUGCAUCCAAUGGGAGAGCAAAGGUGGAUCAAUGGAAUUUUAUCUUGAUACAGUGUUGAUAGCAUCACAAAAAGUGUCAAAUGACAAAGGUUUAACUGGAGGUGGAAGUUUGUCACUUGGUUGCUCACAGUCAUUAAACGUGGGUUUCUCUUCACAAAUUGGCUUGGUUGGUGAGCUUUAUAUGUUUAGGGUGUGGAAACAAAAGCUUCCCAAUAUUCCAAAGUGUGGAGAAGGCAAUGUAAUCCAAUGGAAGAUGUCAGAGUGGAGCUACACCCCGUCACUACUACAGAGCGAUACAAAUUUGCCUUGUGCAAAACCAUCGUCAGAUACCACCACACUGGCUCCAACUGUGAAAGCUGCAAAACCAUCGUCAGAUACCAUCACACUGGCUCUAACUGUGAAAGCUGGAGCACUGGAUGUGUUUGCUGUUGUUCCUCCCAUUAGCCAGUUGUCUGACAAAGAGACCACAAAACUCCCUAACUCAACAAGCGAUUCAACCAAUGUUUCUGCAAAUAUAUCGUCUUUUAUUAAAGGGAUUGCAAGUUCAUUCCCAGAUACAACUCCCAGUAAAACAUCUUCUAUAAUAUCACUUACCCGAGAAUCAACAAUAACAGAAUCUAAUGUAGAUGUCAAAGCAUCAACCUUGGCGUUGACUCGUGAAGUGACAAGUGGUCAUCUGAAUCCGGCUCCAACAACACUGAAUGUGACUACUGGAGAUUUGAAUUUCACUGCAGUGACAUCAAAUAUAACUACUGCAGUGACAAGGAACACUACUAUAAUGACAUCAAAUGUGAUUACUACAGGGAAUGAUAUGAAUUUCACUACAAUAACAUCAAAUAUAACUACUACAGUAAAAGGAGAGAAUUUAGAUACCACUCUAGAGCUUGAAACAGCUCCAAAAAUGACGUCAGCAGUAACAGGACAUGAUUUGCAUACCACUCUAGAGUUCGGAACGGCAUCAAAGACGUCAGUAACAGGAAUGGAUUUUGACACCACUUUAGCUAUCGGAACAGCACCGAAGACAUCUUCAGCAGUAACAGAAACUAAAGUAGAUAUCAAGCGAUCAACUACAGAUGAAGCAGUGAUGAUUAGUGAAGUAACAGGACAUGAUUUGCAUACCACUUUAGAGUUUGGAACGGCAUCAAAUACGUCAGUAACAGGAAUGGAUUUUGACACCACUUUAGCUAUCGGAACAGCACCGAAGACAUCUUCAGCAGAUUCAUCUUCUAAAGUAACUGCAGACCUCACAGUAACAGAAACUAAAGUAGAUAUCAAGCGAUCAACUACAGAUGAAGCAGUGAUGACUAGUGAAGUGACAGAGAAUACUCAGAAUUCAUCAUCAACAACAUCAAAGGUGGCUAUUACAGUAACGUCAAAUGUUACUACUGCAGGAUCAGGGGAUCAUUUGAAUUCUUCAAUAACAACCUCACAAAUAACUUCUGCAGGGUCUACAACAGUGACAAACAUGUCUACGGCAGUAACACAACAUUUGAAUAAUACAGCAACAACAUCAAAUCUAACAAUUUCAGUUACGGGUCAUGAUGUAACCACCACUUUAGCUACUGUGACAGUACCAAACGCAUCGACUACAGAAUGCCCAUCAGGUGAAGAUUGUCCUUUAUCACCUUUCUGCAAUGCUUCUGCUGUCUAUGCAGUCACGUUUAACACAUCUGAUCAUGUCUGUAAUAAUUUAACGGGUUUAUUGAAGUCAUUUAAUUUAACGGAAGUAAACGGUCUAACUCCAACAGUGUCUCCAGCAAUGAUGGGGAAUAUCACAGAAGAAGAAAGCUUGGUCGACUGCAUUAUCAUGAUGAGAGGAAAAAAUUGUACUAAUGUGCUUGUUAAAAUAACUGAGAUGGUUCACAAUAUUCUAAACUUCACACCACAUAUAAAAGCUGAAUUUUGCUGUUGCUCUGAACAGGGAAUCUGCCCAUCUGAUGUAAGAAUUUACAACACCAGUUGGUACUGCAAUACAACAAGCAUCUCAAAUAACUGUAGCAAUACCAUUACACCUGGAACCUAUGUUACUAGCAGUGUCAGCAGCCAAACCAGCUUCACAAGUAUUGUUACUUUCCCAGCAAGACCCAAUUCUACUAAUUCAGGAUCUGGCCCUUCCUAUACCACCAAGAUACAACCAAUAACAUCUCAGAUAACAACCACUGAUGAUGAUUCAGGAGCUGCACUGGAUAAACUACAUGACAUUUUGUCUUCUGGAAACCUUAAUGCAUCAGUUGUCCAUGACAUUGUGUCUAAUAUUGAAAACCUAUUAUCCGGAGAAGUGAAGCCUAAAACUGCAACUAAGUUGGUUGGUGUCUUGAACACCUUUUUAAACAUAUCCCAGAACCUUAUAACUCCUGUAUCAGAAAGGUUGAUAAAGGUUGUGGACACAGUUGGCUUAAAAUUGAACUUUCCGGGUAAAUCAAUCAAUAUCACUUCUGAGUUCUUAGUACUGGCAGUUAAUAAAAUCAGCCCCAACAAUUUCACUGAAACUUCAUUUGGUGUUGGCUCAUCAUCUGGUUUACAGGUCUCAUUAGGUUCCCAAACACCUCCACAAGGAGAUGCCUCAGUAGUUCUUCCUGCAUCUUUAUUGAGCGACUUAUCAGCUGUUGACAAAGAAAUUGCCUCCAGAGUACAAUUUAACUUCUUUGACAAGACUUCCCUGUUCAUGGACUCUUUUCUAAAUGCCCAAAAACAGUUUCUGGUCAGCAAAGUCAUAUCAUCUAGUGUUUCAAACCUUUCUAUAACCAAUUUAUCAGAUAAUGUAACUGUGACACUGCCAACUUCUUUCAUAAAUAACCAGGCAGAUGUUUUGAUGAAGUGUGUGUUUUGGAACUUCACAAAAUACAGCAAUACAAGUGGUGGCUGGGAAUCUGCGGGAUGCACAGUAGCCAGAACAAGUCCAAACGCGACAAUUUGUAAAUGCAAUCAUCUCACAAGCUUUGCAAUAUUGAUGGAUGUAUCUAGGACCCCGCUGAGUCCAGAAGACACCUUGAUUCUGACGUUUAUCUCUUACAUUGGUUGUGGUCUCUCUGCAAUAUUCCUGUCGGUGACUCUUGUGACAUACAUUGCUUUUGAGAAAAUUAGAAGAGAUUACCCUUCCAAAAUCCUUAUUCAACUAUGUGCUGCAUUGGUUUGCUUGAAUCUCACAUUUCUCCUUGACCCAUGGAUUUCUCUUUACAACCACAUCCCAGGACUCUGCAUAUCUGUUGCUGCGUUUCUCCAUUAUUUUCUUCUUGUUUCAAUAACUUGGAUGGGACUUGAAGCCUUCCAUAUGUACUUCUCCCUUGUGAAAGUCUUUAACACCUAUGUACGGAAAUACAUUCUAAAGUUCUGCAUAGUUGGAUGGGGUUUCCCUGCUGUAGUGGUGGCCAUUGUGUUGGCAGUAAACAAAGAUUUAUAUGGAAUCCAAAUAAGUGGAAAAUAUCCUAAUGGAUCAUCUGAUGAAUUCUGUUGGAUUGCAGAUAUUGUGUUUUACAUAACAGUGGUUGGGUACUUCUGUUUGAUAUUUCUGCUGAACAUCAGUAUGUUUAUAGUCGUCCUUAUCCAGCUGUGUCGAAUCAAGAAAAAAAAACAGCUUGGAUACCAAAGAAAAACAACCUUCCAGGAUAUGAGGAGUGUGGCUGGGAUCACAUUCCUGCUGGGUAUCACAUGGGGACUAGCUUUCUUUUCAUGGGGACCAGGGAAGGUAGUCGUUGUGUACCUCUUCACAAUUUUCAACACAUUGCAAGGCUUCUUUAUAUUUAUCUUCUACUGCGUAGCAAAGGAAAAUGUCCGCAAGCAGUGGAGACGCUAUUUGUGCUGUGGGAAAUUCAGACUGGCAGAAAAUUCAGACUGGAGCAAAACAGCAACCAAUAAGCUGGGGAAGCAGGUUUCAAAUCAAGGAAUUUCCAGCAGUUCCACCAAUUCUAUCCAGUCAAGCAGCAACUCUAACUCAACAACAUUGCUGGUGGCCAAUGAGUAUUCUCUGCAUCCUAAUGGAAAUGGUCAUUUUUUCAAAGAAAGAAAUAGUGUUUCCUUCAUGCUGCCGAAUGGGGAGGUCCCACUUCAAGACAUUUCAGAGAAGAAGAAUUCAAUUGCAAAUGGCAGUCUAGGGCAAGGAGGAGCACAACGACCUUCCAUACGGAGGACUUCUAAUCGGGGAAGUGUGCAUUUCAUGGAUCCAAUAUAGGCUCUUCCACAUUGUGAACAAAGGCUGCUUACACUAUGUGUGAAAACUGCCUCUCUUCUCUCAUAGCAAUACUGAACGUAGCUGCCUUGGAAUAUCAAGCACAGCUGAAGUUAACUAAUAAAGGAGAAUUUUGACUGAACUGCAAAAAUCAUAUAAAUACAAAAUGGGACCAUUUGUGCGAAGAUGCUGGGAAUAAAGAUGGGGCAUGUGUUUUAUUUUUUUAAUGGCAUCAAGUCCAAUCCAGUGGCUUUUAGUUGCCAUCAUAUCCUUGUUCCAUUUAUGUAUAAUCACCUUUUACUGUAUUUUUAUAUAUAUAAAUAUUUAAUUUAUAUCAUGUCUGUUUUAAUAUAAUUCUAAUUUUACUGUUUUUAUGCCGGAAAAUAGGCUUUUGAGAUGUAUUAAAUAAUUUCAAUUUUUUUAAGCUGCAAUUGAUAUUUAACAUGUUUGAAUUAAGCCUUUUUGAUGUGUAUGAAAUAAGAACUUUAUAUAAACUCAGCGAUGUGCUUUACAUACAAAACAGAGCUCACGAACAUAGAAUCGGUACCCAGCCGUUACAAACUUUAGAUAAAUCAUUUGAAUCUAUGUGUAUGAAUAUGGUGAUAUUUUCACAAAAAUAUACAUUGCUUAUUGCCUUUA